UUUUUUUUUUGUUAUACAAUAUGACAAAAGUAUUUGAGUCAAGAAAACCAGAACCUUAUAUCAAGACUUCUUGUCGAAAAUGUAUUACACCUAUUGAAUUUUUACCUGAAGGACAAACAGUGGGUCAAAAAGUAUCCGUCAAGUGUUGGGCUUGUGAACAAGUCGAGACAUACACAGUGACAGACGCCAAUGAAGCACACACAAAACCCAAUCAAAACAAAUCAAAACCUAACCGAAGAAAAGGAACCGAUGAAAAACCAGUGUCUACUGAAUACUACGAACUAUUGGGUCUCCAAGUCACUGCAGAUCAAGAUGAAAUCAAGAAAGCAUAUCGUAAAAUGGCUAUCAGAUUCCAUCCUGAUAAAAAUCAAAAUGAUCCUACUGCGGAAGACAAGUUUAAACGUAUUUCUGAAGCCUAUCAGAUCCUUUCAGAUCCUAAACUAAGAAAACGAUACAAUGAAUUUGGUGAAGAAAACGGAGUGAAACCUGAUGGAGGAUUUGUUGAUCCUGAGGAUUUCUUUAAACAAUCAUUUGGUGGAGAUCGUUUUGUGGACAUUAUUGGUGAGAUAUCAAUUGGAAAAGAUAUGCGAGAAGCACUCGAGACAGCAGAAGAAGAAAAUGAGGACCGCGAAUUGACACCGUCUGAAAAAGCAGAAAAAGAAGCACAAAAAGCAGAAUCUGAACAAGAACGCAACAUAGUGCGUGCCAAACGCAUUGAAGUGCUUUGUGAAAAAUUGAUUCAUAAACUGGACUUGUACAAAUCAAACAGUGAACAAGAAUUCAUCAACACAAUCAAGAAAGAAACAGAAGAUCUCAAAUUGGAAAACCAUGGUGUUGAACUAUUGCAUGUGAUUGGUAACACGUACAACUCUAAAGUAACUCAGUACAGCAGCAGGAAGUCUGUGUUUGGUUUGGGUGGCAUGUAUUAUAGUCUUCGAGAAAAGGGUUAUAUUUUUAGUCAAACAGUGGGCACAUUGCGUACUGCUUAUGAUUUACAGUCUACAUUUGGUGAGCUUCAAAAAGCAGAAGAAAAGGGAUUGUCAGAAGAAGAGAGAGCAAAGCUGGAAGAGGCUGCUGCUGCCAAAGGUUUAGAAGCCAUUUGGAAAGGAUCCAAAUUGGAAAUUGAAGGUGUACUACGUGAUGUUUGUGAUGAAGUUUUGGGAGACACAAAAUGCUCUAAAGAAGAACUUGAAAGUCGUAUUCGUGCACUUGGUUUGAUUGGAACAAUCUAUCAAAGUGUGGUUCCUGAAGAAUUGCCCAAUACUAAAUAAAAGUGUCUUUAGUUGUACAUAUUGGACUGUAUUUGUUCUAUCUUUUUGUCAUAAG